UUUUUUUUCUUGAUCUAGCUCUGCUCAUUUCAAUUGUUUGUUUUGCUUCCCUAUCCUCUUGUUUUGGUGGUACCUGACAAGGUGUUUAGUCUUUUCCUCUUUUCUCUCAAAAAUUGGGUGGUACAUGAUUUUUUUGGUAAAUCUUUGUGAAUUGAUGUAACUGAAAAAGUGAAUAAGCAUUCAGAAGUUGUGAGUCUUUUCCUCUUUUCUCUCAAAAAUUGAGUGGUACAUGAUUUUUUGGUAAAUCUUUGUGAAUUGAUGUAAGUGAAUAAGCAUUAAGAAGUUGUGAACUACAUGCCAUGCGCUAAAACAAACCAAGCAUCUAAAAUCGCGCAAAUGAUGGAGGCUAACCAUAAGGUUUGGCUUAUUUCUGUACCGGAGGUUGGAGCGGAGCUCUUCCAUCGAGUACAGUAAUAUCUGACGGGGCGUGUUACCGCGUUGCUCACCGUAAGCGUUGGUUUAUUUUAAUACCGGAGGCUCGGGAGCAUGUAGCUCUUUUGAUCGCCGCCCACUUGCUAUCACUCAAGUGCUAACUGGGGAAUAUUAUGGUUACAUGGUUGCGAUUUCUUAUUUCGUCAGUUGCACAGUUUCCUCUUCCUCUUUCAACCUCUUAGACAUACUCGCAAAGUAGAGCAUUGGAGCUACUCGCAGUUGACUUUGGCAGAUUGCAUAAUGACUUCAAUUUUUGGUCAAUUGAUUGCAUAUCAACUUAAGAUUUUUAACAAUCGAUGAUAACGAAAUAUUAGAAUCUCAUAAGGUUUGUCUUAUUUUAGUACCCGAGGUUGGAGCGGAGCCCUUCCAUUGAGUGUAGUAGUAUCUGACGGGAUAUGUUAUCGCAUUGCUCUCCGUAAACCUUGGUUAAUUUUAAUACUGGAAGCUCGGGAGCAUGAAGUGUAGCUCUUUCUAUCGCUGCCAUCAUCAAAGUAGCAAAGGGGGAUUAGUAGGGUGAAAUAACCAUUUUUUCUACAUCCUUCUUACGUGUAAGGUAUGACGGGAGGAAGGUUCAUCAAAGGGAAAACACAUUUAGGUAGCCGUUUUUUAAAUUAGACGUAGAAAACAGAACUCUGUAAAUUUGGAGUGGACUUAGCAGGGCUAAGACCGGAGGGGUCGUUGAGGGAGGGAGCGGAUGGGUCGGCGCAUAUAAAACCAUCGUCUCGCACGGCCACAUCCAUUCCCCCCACUCCGUUCCCCGCCUACCACUCCCAAAAUCGCCAAAAACUCUCCCUCUCGGCCACUUUGCCUUUAGUGUAGGUUUUUUCUCGCGCGGAUCCAGGAGAAUCGUCGACGAUGGAAGCUGGGGGAAGAGUCGGCGGCGUGGAAGAUGAGAGGAACCGCAAGGUUGCCGGUUUUGCUGGAGAGGAGGAGGUCGUUGGAGGCGAAGGUGGUGUUGAAGAAUCCGCUACCAGCGCGGGUCCUUUGAGGGCCACCGUUAUGGACGCCCUUGGCGUCGGUGCGGCCACCAUCGGGCCGGCCAGCAUCGGUCCGGUUGUAGAGGAACCGGCGGAUCUAGCGGUGAUUGGGUCGGCUACAGUAAAAGGCGACGGCGAUGCGGGAGCAUCCACUCUCGCCGGCGUCGCUGUUGGCGCAGCCGUUAUCGGGAUGGCAGGCCAAGCGUCCAACGAGGGCUCGCUGGUGAAGCCAGACAUGCAAAAGGAUGUAUCUAUUACGUGCGCAUUUAUUUGUUUUGGAUUAGUUCGGCUUAUAGUAGAUACCUCAUUUUGCAUGUCUGGCUUCACCGUAGUAGAUACCUCCUUUUGCAUGUCUGGUUUCACCAGCGAGCCCUCGCCGGACGCUUGGCCUGCCGUUCCGAUAACGACUGCGCCAACAACGACGCCGGCGAGAGUGGAUGCUCCCGCAUCUCUGUUGCCUUUCACUGUAGCCGACUCAAUCGCCGCUAGAUCCGCUGGUUCCUCUACAACCAAACCGAUGCCGGCCAGCCCGAUGGUGGCUGCACCGACGCCAAGGGCGUCCACGACGGUGGUCCUCAAAGGACCCGCGCUAGUGGCGGAUUCUUCAACACCACCUUCGCCUCCAACGACCUCCUCCUCUCCAGCAAAACCGGCGACCUUGCGGUUCCUCUCAUCUUUCACACCGCCGACUCUUCCCCCAGCUUCCGUUGCCGCCAAUUCUCCUGGAUCCGCGCGAGAAGAAACUUACACUAAAGGCGAAGUGGCCUAGAGGGAGAGAGUUUUUUGGCGAUUUUGGGAGUGGUGGUGGGGAACGGAGUGGGGGGAAUGGAUGCGGCCGUGGGAGACGAUGGUUUUAUAUGCGCCGACCCAUCCCCUCCCUCGCCACGUAGCUGUACACCGACCCCUCCGGUCUUAGUCCUGCUAAGCCCACUCCAAAUUUACAGAGUUCUCUUUUCUGCGUCUAAUUUAAAAGACGGCUGCCUAAAUGUGUUUUCGCUUUAGUGAACCUUUCUCCCGAACGACGUAGCAAAAAUGGUUAUUUCACCCUAAUACUCACCCUUUGCUACUGCGAUGAUGGGGGCGAUCGAAAGAGCUACACUUCACGCUCCCGAGCCUCCGUCAGAUACUACAUCCCGUCAGAUACUACUACACUCGAUGGAAGGGCUCCGCUCCAACCUCGGGUACUAAAAUAAGCCAAACCUUAUGAGAUUCUAAUAUUUCGUUACCAUCGAUUGUUAAAAGUCUUAAGUUGCUAUGCAAUCAAUUGACCAAAAAUUGAAGUUGUUAUGCAAUCCGGCAAAGUCAACUGCGAGUCGCUCCAAUACUACUUUACGAGUAUGUC